AUGGUUUCCAAGAGAUACUUAUCAAGUCUCUCUCUUUUCCUCUCCAUGAACCUUGUCCUUUUUGCCCUAGUAAGUGGGUCCAACACUUGUCCUCAGCCUAAGCCUGUCCCAAACCCUAGUCCUACUAAGUUGAAGUGCCCCAGAGAUGCCCUAAAGCUGGGUGUGUGUGCCGAUGUGCUCAAAGGACCUGUCGGCGUGGUGGUCGGUUCCCCGCCGGACGUCCCUUGCUGCUCGUUACUCGAAGGUCUUAUAGACCUUGAAGCCGCCGUCUGCCUUUGCACUGCCAUUAAAGCUAACAUUCUAGGCAUCAACCUUAACAUCCCCAUUUCUCUCAGCUUGCUCAUUAGCACUUGCAGGAAGGACAUCCCCUCUGGCUUCCAAUGUGCCUAGCUAGC